AUGGCGAGGAAAGAGGAGAAGUUUGAUGGGAUAUGCAUGGUGUCAAAGACCUCGAACCAUUUUCAGGCCUUUGAAAAAGACGAGUUUGUCGAAACGGCAGGGUUGAAAGAGUCUUGGAUGAAGGACAGCCAUGCGAGCAAGCAGGGGUAUCGAAAAGGAUUCAGCAAGACUGACCACAUUCACGCUGUUUCGAAACUCAUCGAGGUAUCACGAGAGUACAAGAUGCCGCUCUGUCUCACCUUCAUCGACUUAAAGACCUUCGACUCAGCUGAGACGGAAGCGGUCGUGGAAGCCUUGGACAACCAAGGCGUCCCUACUCGCACAUAA